GUGGGCAUGCGCCUCGGAGGGGGGAGGGGGGUUGGAGGCGGCUGCACGUCCGAUGGUGGAGUAUUGCUGCAGCUUGAGGCCGCGCGCUGUGGGAUGGCGGAUGGAGGUCCGGAAGUCCUUUCUUAACGUUUCUCCGGUCCACCACCGUUGUGCGCCAUGGCCUCCGCUCUGGAGGAUCCAAACUUAGAACACAACUUUAAAGGUCAUAAAGAUGUGGUCACCAGUGUUGAUUUUAACCCAAACAACAAGCAGCUAGCAACUACCUCAAUUGAUAAGUGCCUUAUGAUAUGGAACUUGAAGCCACAAACCAGAGCCUACCGAUUUACAGGACACAAGGAUGCUGUGAUGUCUGUCCACUUUUCCCCGUCAGGUCAUCUGGUGGCAUCUGCUUCACGAGAUAAAACUGUUCGACUCUGGACUCCAAAUGUUAAAGGAACAUCAACGACAUUCACAGCCCACAGUGCCGUAGUUCGCGGUGUGAACUUCUCCUGUGAUGGAAAUUUCCUGGUUACGGCAUCUGACGACAAAUCAAUAAAGGUGUGGAACACGCAUCAACAACGGUUUCUGUUAUCAUUUAAAGGACACAAUAACUGGGUUCGUUCUGCCAGGUUCUCUCCAGAUGGAAGACUUGUAGUCUCCUGUAGUGAUGACAGAACUGUUAAAAUCUGGGACACAGUGAGCAGAGAAUGUAUCAAUACUUUCACUGAUUACAGAGGAUUUGCCAACUUUGUGGAUUUUAAUCCCAGUGGUACCUGUAUUGCCUCAGCAGGAACUGACAAUACUGUGAAGCUUUGGGAUAUUCGUAUAAACAAACUGCUACAACAUUACCAAGUCCACAGUGCUUCAGUGAACUGCUUGUCUUUUCAUCCUUCUGGUAACUAUCUUAUCACUGCAUCGAGUGAUUGUACUCUCAAGAUAAUGGAUUUGUUGGAAGGAAGAUUGCUUUACACCCUUCAUGGACACCAGGGCCCUGUACUUGCUGUAACGUUUUCUAGGCAUGGAGAGUAUUUUGCUUCUGGUGGAAGUGAUUCACAGGUAUUGGUAUGGAAGACAAAUUUUGACAGUAUUCCUUAUAACAAGGUUCUGAAAAGCCUUAGUGUAAGAACAAAUCCUGAUCCUGCUCCUCAUAUCACUGAUAUUCACCCAAGAAUUCCUCAUCUGCAUACUUCAGGACCUCAGCUGAUUCAGAUAAAUCCCAGGGGACACAUAGUUGACAUGCAAUCGUCUGAUCCCCCAGUAGUGGACAUUGGAAUCGACUUUCUCUCUAAACACAAGUCAAAAGCAACAGAGUCGCACAGUCCCUCACUGGUAACAAACCAGGUGAACAGUUGUCUGGAUCCUUCUCAUCGGGUAAGCUCCCAUGCAAUGGACCCAGCCAGUGGUGACCCUGGUGUAACUAGCACUCUGGAGGACCACACAGGCAUCCCACCAACACUUGCCAGCACAUUAGGGCACAUUGUAGAGCAACUGGAUGUUUUAACCCAGACAGUGUCGAUCUUAGAACAGCGCUUGACGAUGACCGAAGACAAACUUCAGGAGUGUCUAGACAAUCAACAGACUGUGCAGCAAGUAACGUCAUCUUAGUUAAUGAAAAAAGACUGAUUUUUAGUUUUUGGAGUUUGGAUUUUCUACAUUUAUUCUUUGGUCAUUGAUUGGACAUUGUGUUAAAUGGAAAGAAUCAACAAUUAGUUCUUCAAGUAAAAAGAUACAACAUAUUGCACUCCGAUGUAAUUGGAUUCUGGCACUGAAAUGGUAAAAUUGCUGCUACCAAACUUCCCCACAUCUACUUUGUGUGUAUGAGACAUGUCUAUUCCAUUUUCUUUUGCGUAUACUCUUUUACAAUUGAUUAUUUCACAAACCAUUCAAGUGGAAUAAAUUGGACAUCUGAGCAUUCUUCUAUCAUGAACAUUCUCCUUUCUUAAUGUGGACUAAUUCCUUCAUAUAUCAUAUGAUGUGUACAAUUCUGUCUGCACUCUGAGGCACAUAAUCAGGGUGGUGGCUAAAGUUAUACUGAAUGUGGAUUAUCUUUCAUGUGACUCUGUAACUACUUAAAACUGUCGCUUUGAAUUUGCAUUGAUUCCAAAUUCAGAUUGACUUGAGUUCACUACCAUAAGGUGGUACUUCCUCUAUGUAACACAUGCUUUUUAAUGUAACUUUUUAUAAUAAUAAAA